AUGCGCCACUCGCUCCGGCUUCGCGGGCGGCGGCGGCAGCAGCGGCGGCGGCAGCAGCGGCAGCGCCUCCCCGACGGCUCCUCCAUCUUUGCGGCGGCUCCUCCGGCUCCGCUCGCCGCCGCCACCAACAACAACAUUCGGAGACGUCACUCCAGUCACGCCCUCCCCGCGGGGCGGGGCCAGCAGAGCCACCGGGACAGCUUCUUAAAGGGCUGGUACCCAACGAAGAGCUGGGCUGGGAAGGCAUGCAGUUUACAGAAGCUAUUUGCUGUGGAAGAGGAGUUUGAAGAUGAGGAUUUCUUGUCUGCUGUGGAGGAUACAGAGAACCAGUUUGCUGGCUCAGGACCUGUGAAUGCUGGGUGCCUCAGACCUGUCUCUUCCAGGCCACAAGAGACUGCGCAGGCACGGUCUUCUGAGCAGUUGCCAUCAUGCCCCACUGCUUCCUCAGAGGCUUCGGACCUACCAGCUCUGGGACUCCGCCUUCCUACCUCUAGCAUGCUCAGGGCCACCAGAAGUCCACCUUCCACAACCCCUCUACGGCCUCUCUCAACUUCCAGCAGCUGGACUGGCAUUGAGAGAAGAGCGACACUAACAGAAGUGCUCAAAGAGCCAGCAAGACCACAGUCCUCAGCCUCCCACCCCCUGCUUACCUUUCAGAGCAAACAGCAGGUGAUUGGUGGCUUUGAGGGAACUGAACAAGAUGAAUUUGACAAGGUCCUGGCAAGCAUGGAACUAGAAGGGCCUGGCAUGGAGCUGGAAUUUGGAGUUAACAGUGAGGCAACAGGAAUCCUGUCCACCUGGCAUCAGGAAGACUCAGUAUUGGCUAAAAAGGCUCGGGUAGCUUAUCUCAGCAGGUCUUGCCCAAAGGGGCCCAUACCUGCCACCCACAUCACGUCAGCCCAGGGUCAGCCUCCAGAUCCUGUUGUCUACUGUAGGACUCCACAGCCCCACUUGAGAACUGGUGCCAUGGGUAACCUUCCUAUGCCAACUGCCUCGACAGUUCCUGCUCCGCAAACCCACUGGGAAGUCUGUCCCAAGGGUUCCACACUUCGAGGAACUCAUCCUCUCCAAGCUACAGGGAGGCCUAUUCAGAGCAGCCCUCAAAAUCGUGCCCCCAGGCAGUCAUUCCAAUCUCCAAAUGCCCACUUAAGUGGCAAACCUAAUUUUCCACGAACUCCUAGCUCAAGCUGUUCUACUCUCUCAAGGACACUCACUGGAUUUUUCCCUCGGGGGCCCUUACAACUCCGAGCUUCAGUGUCUUCUCUCGAGUCUCCUGUCAGCACCCCCAUGGGUCCCCAUUCCUCCCUGGUUCCUCAAGCAACUCUGCAGACGCCCAUAGUCACCAACCACCUGGUACAGCUGGUCACUGCUGCCAACCGGACACCCCAGCAGCCCACGCACACCACUACCCGAGCCAAAACACGCCGCUUUCCUGGCCCAGCAGGGAUCCUACCUCACCAACAUAGUGGGAAAAAUCUGGAGGAGAUCAUGGUUUCCAUGCCCCAGACUCCAACUCAUGGUGCUCUGGCUAAAUUCCGGACAGAGAUUGUUACUAGUUCCCAGACAUCGGUGGAGGAAGAUUUUGGGCGAGGGCCCUGGCUGACCAUGAAAUCUGCUCUGGGCCUGGAUGAGAGAGAUCCCAAUUGCUUCCUCUGUACCUACAGUAUCGUCAUGGUGCUGCGGAAGGCGGCCCUGAAGCAGCUUCCCAGGAACAAGGUCCCCAACAUGGCAGUGAUGAUCAAGUCCCUGACUCGGAGCAUGAUGGAUGCCAGUGUGGUUUUCAAGGACCCCACAGGAGAGAUGCAGGGCACGGUGCAUAGGUUGCUGCUUGAGACACGCCAGAAUGAGCUGAAGCCUGGCUCAGUGCUGCUGCUAAAGCAGAUUGGAGUGUUUUCUCCUUCACUCCGAAACCACUACCUCAAUGUGACACCCAACAACCUGGUCCAUAUUUACAGUCCAGAUUCUGGGGAUGGAAACUUCCUCAAGUCAUGUCAGCCCUUCCCCAAGGAUCCAGGUAGCUUCCAUGGCAGCCUCCAGCAUGAGACUGUAGAGCCUGGGAAAGACCUGAGAACAGCACAGAACCCAGAGGCAGGGGCAUCCCCAGGAGAACUCCCAGAAGCAGAUGACCUGGAUGGACUCCUGAGUGAGCUCUCUGAAGACUUCUUCUGUGGGACCAGCGGUUGGGACUGCCCCAAGUCAGGGCACCCACCAUGA